UGUAUGUAUAUACACAUAUAUAUUCAUACAUACAUACAUACACACACACACACAUAUACAUAGAUAUAUAUAUAUACAUAUGUGUGUAUGUAUGACAAAUAUGCAAGGAGCUGUUGCAAGUAUGAUCAACUGAGGACAAAUCAGGUGCUACUAAAUGGCUGAGCCCAGCAAGCCAAGCUUGUGGCCAAUUAGCCCUAUGACAUCAUGGUUAGGGAAACCUAUAUAAAGUUGUACAAAACUUACAACAGUGUAGGGAGUAGGUAGAUAUUAAGAGAGACAGAAAAAAAAGAAAAAGAAGAAGAAGAAGAAACAUGGACCCAAAACUUGUGAAGGAAAUUAUGGAUUACAAAGUCCAUAACAACUUUCCUGGUGGAUUAACAAAGCACCAGCGAUACACCAUCAAAAGAAGAGCUUCUACCUUUGUGCUCAAGGGUAAGUAAUGGUAUAUACCAUCAACCAAAAUAAGUGGCCUACAUUUGUUCUCUCAUAUCAACAUUAAAUUGAGUUUUUCCUUUCACCAGAUGGAGUCCUGCACUAUGUUUGCAGGAGGAGAAAGGAAAAGGAGCAUCUUGCAAAGGUAGUGCUGUCUACUGCAGAGGCAAAUAGUAUCUUUGAGGAAUUUCAUUGCAGCAACAUCGGUUCUCACUGUGGGGUAGAGAAAACUCAUCAUGCCAUCAUUUGCCGCUACUACUGGCCUGGUAUGGAAGCUGACAUUCGGAAAUGGGUUGCUCAGUGUCCUGACUGCCAGGCAAAGCGGGCAUGUCUCAAGGAAAAAAGCCAAUAUAACCCAAUAGAGGUAACACAGCCAUUUGAGUUGGUGGGUAUGGACCUUCUAAAACUCACUGUAACAGAGGGUGGUAAUCAAUACAUUUGUGUAAUGGUUGAUUAUUUCACAAAGUGGGCAGAGGCCUACCCUCUGAAGAGCAAGUCUGCAGAGGAGGUCACCAAUUGUAUCCUUGAGUUCGUAUACAAAUUUGGUGCACCUCAGAGACUGCUUACAGACCAGGGCACAGAGUUCAAAAAUCAGGUAGAACACUCAUCAGAAAUAUUAUGUCUUAGCAAGACAUAUUGUGAAUGCUGAAUUUAUCAAUUUAAUCUUUUCUGCAAAAUAAUUUUAAGGUGAAUGCCAGACUCUGUCAGGCCCUUGGCAUCCAGAGAUGCUUUUGUGCACCUUACCACCCGCAAACCAAUGGGUUGGUGGAAAAACUAAAUGGCACCAUCCAGAGGUCUCUCAACAAACUGGGGAGGAAAGACCCCAAAAAAUGGGACAAGUAUCUGCAGGCAGCAAUGUUUGGUCUACGAACCAAAAAACACAGUCUACAGUCAGACUACAAAGUAUAGCCCGUACUAUCUAAUGUUUGGAAGGGAAGCGAGAUACCCGUCUGAGGUGCCCACAGAGUAUGAGGUGACGGAAGACAGAGUGGAACACCUCAUGGACAAUGAGGAGGUUUUUGGGGGACUUCUGCACCAAAUGACAACAUACGCACAAGUCACACAAAAUGUAAAAAAGAGUCAAGAAAAGAUUAGGAAGAGAAAGCUUGAAAGGGGAUUGGAGGACAACUUCAAGGUUGGGGAUGUUGUCCUCAAAAAAAAUAUUAGGGAAGAACAGCGCAAGGGAGGGAAGAUGGACAGUGACAUGUUAGGACCCUUUACAGUUACUGCCAUAAAGGGAAAACUGGUCUCCUUAACAAAUGCAAACACAAAAACAGUGGCCAAUGUGGACCAACUUGUCCACUACCAAGAGCCAGAGGAGAGGAUCCCAGCAAAGCUAAGAAAAGCUAGCAGCUCUCCUCUGGCUCACCCCCUGCCACAACCACCAUCCAACCCCUCCAUGCCUGCACAUGCCAUCAGCUCCCCUGGACCCUUGCCAGCCACAUGUCAAGGCACCACUCAUCCCAUCCACAGUAAUGUUGUCCAAGACAUAUGGCUUUCAAGUAAAGGGGAGGUCCUAUGGUCCAAGAUAGGGCCUUAUAAACUCUUUACUGCGGAUAUGCAGAGCCUAGCACCUGAGAGAGAGUUGGUGAGCGAGAUCCUGAAUAGCUAUCUUCUGUGGGGAACGAGGAAGGUCCCAAAUAAGAGGAUAUAUGUCAUUGAUUCAUUUGAAAUGACAGCUAUCUGGAAUGGCACAUCAAGGGGAAUGAGAAAGCUUGAUGUGACCGAAUGGGACAUGUUAAUAGGGGCCGUCUGCAAGGACAGACAUUGGACUCUCGUAGCCAUGUACCCAAAGGACAGACGGGCCCUAUUUGUUGACCCCUUUGGAGCCACACAAACACAACUGACACAUUGUAGAGAUGCAACAAGGGCUUUCAUGCGUAAGAAAGACAUGGGCCUAAACCUGUCCAGGUGGUCCUGUGAGACAGUUGUACAUCCCCGUCAACAGGAUUCCACAUCCUGUGGAGUGCUGGUCUGCAAAGUUGCAGAGUUGCUGCUUGAGGGCAGCAGCAUUGAUUUCAAUGUCGACCAGGUCAGCAUUGGCAUGAUGCGGAUGCAAAUGGCCAGGACACUGAUUGAUGAUUCUGGUAACCUCACAGACCUGUGCAGGAUCUGUGGAGAAAAGGAGUCUGGGGACAGGGACACCUCAGACGCACCAGUGGAUCAAUGGAUUGAGUGCACAAGGUGCUCCUUUUGGUUUCAUUGGGUGUGUGUGGCAAGGCCAAAUAUGAAAGGCAUUUUUCUAUGUCCGGCCUGUUCACCGCCCACCUAAACAAAACAAAAUGUGGUUGACCUAACAUCAC